AUGGACAGUGACGGAAUGGUGGCGGUUGUACGAGGUCUGGGCAACUCCGCCCUGACAGUUACGUUAGUUGAUGGAUGUAGACAAUACACUCUGCAGCCUGAGGCCACCAAUGAAACGCGACAAACAUCAGCGCAGUGUCAUGACGCAGUUCGCAGUGACAGCUGUGCCCAAGCCACUGACGGCAGAUAUGCCAGCACAUAUAGGAUGACGCAUUGUCACGUGAACCCGACGUCGCCCCAGAUAGAGGUGACAGAGUUCCCACCACAACGAGCUGAAUUAUGUCCAGGUCAAGGCAAUUUUGAAAUUGGUGGUAACGGCAGUGGUGAGAAGUACCACGCAAAGAAGUCAACCACAUUCAGGGGCGGGAUGAGUUGGCCUGAUAAAGGUUCAGUAUUCGCAUCUCGUCCCUCUGUGCAGCCGGACUCGUUCGCCAGUUCACUUCGGAAAUAUCCGAGUAUGUCUCCUGAGAGGUCUUCAGAGAUUUUGGAGCGAUUAGUCUCUUUUGCACAGAAUAGAAGUGGCAUCAAAUCCAAAUCGUCAUCACCAACGCGCACCGUUGAGUCGGACAGUCAAAACAUCAGUUUGGAAUCUCGAAGGAAACAAGUACCCGACCCUGAAAUUAAUCUUAGGAGACGCACAGAAGAGUCGCCAACAAGAGAUGGUAGAAGAGAAGAGUCGUGGCGAAGAAAUACAUUUUGUAGAAGCCAUGAUAUCAGAUAUUUAAGAGAAGUUACCAAAGCUGUUAGAGAAGGGAUACGAUCGCAUAAUUAUCCAGAAAGAUUGAUUCCAAAACGCGACACUACCCCGGAAAGAAAAAACGCAAAGACUCGAAAUUCUGUGAAUAUGGAAAUACAAGCCGCAGUACAAAUGGUCUCCCGUGAAGUAAUCACUUUGCCGACCAAAAAGCCAUCUCAAAGAAAUAUAGCGAUAUCACAAACGCCAUCCAUGUCAGACGACCCAGAAGGUAAUCAAGAAUACUCAAAACACAUUCAAACAAAACCUUAUAAUAUAAAUCGCGUUAAAAGGAGUCUAUCAGACGAAGAAGUUAGAAGAGAUGAUUUACAUAAAAACAUCGGAUAUAAAAAGUUUAAGAAUUACAGACCAAAUUUAAGCAAUAUUUUCUAUACAGAAGUAACUAAAACACUUGACGAAGAUUUUGCAGAAAUUUUAGAUGAUUGGCUCAGUAUUAUUCCUUUAAAACCUAUAGAUUACUUCGGAAGACAGAUAGACAAGGAAUAUAUUUUUUAUGAUUUAUUUGAACGGUUGAAGAAGACGUCAAGUAGCUUACCAGAGCAUAAUAGAAGAGAGAAGAUAAAAAAUGAUGUUAUUGAACUUCUGAAUGAGUAUCCGGUAGAUUUCAAAGGAAAUAAACUAAAGUUUUUCAGUAAAUUGGCGGAUAUACUUAUAGAUAAAAUUAAAAAUUUACGCAGAAAUGUACGAAGCAGUUUGAAUAGCUUGUAUGAUUUCCCUAUAAUGAAGAAAAGAUAUAUUCCGCCAACGGAAAGUGAAUUACGAAGUUUUUUGGUUUUAGAAGUUGAGACAUUUGUCAAAAGAGUGGGUUUAAUGCUUGGCAGGUAUACAUUGCUUGCUUUAGAAGAAGAGUUAUUAGAUAUAUUAAUAGUAUUUAUGGAAAAUCUUCAUUCAAGCGAUGACGAGUCGUUCAAACAAGAUGUUAUUGCUACAGUUGUUGAUCACGGAUUUUCGGAACUUCAAGCAGUGCGAUUUGCACAAGUUUUAUUAAGACAUCUCAAAGAAACAUUUAUUAAUACAGAGAAAACUAGACCGGGGUUGGUGGUUAUGCCUAGUUUGGUAACACGUAAUAAAACCCAGUCAGAUUCACUAGAAGAAUACCAUAAACAGCUUUGUGAGCAAAUCAAUGAAUGGCUUACCUCUUUAGAAGCAAUAUUGCCACGGAUUAAUGAAAGGGGAUUCAGACAAGUAGUAGUCAAUGAUUUAGCAGGAGAUAUUAUAGACAGACAUAAGUAUUUAGAAAUGAAUCCUUCGACUUCGGAAAAUGAGUUGGAGUACUUGAAAUAUCAAAUCUUCAAAUGGAUAAAUAAACUUGCAAAUGAAGACACGUUACGGCCAAGUGAACAUGCCCCGGAUUUAAUGAGGAGAAUUCAAAAUAUUCCCAUACCGAUAUCGAGGUUUAGUCACACUCAAACAAAUCAAUCUCUCGUUUGUCCGGAAGAAUCGUGCUCAAUGCAAACUAUAGAACCAUACAGAAAUGAACUCAACGCUACCAGGACGAAUGCAAAUAUUAAAACUGCAAGUCUAGAAACACCUAAAACCCCGAAUAAUUUAAUGUCAAAGAUUGAUAGAAUAAACAAUGACUAUGAGCAGUUUGUGAGGGAGUGGGUUCUAAAGAUACCUAUUCAAACGUCAACACCUGAAGAAGCCGCUUUAGCGGAAAAGGCAAGAUUGGGAAUUAACAACGGUCUCUGGAAAGCAAUAACGAAGUUGAAAUGUGAUCCGUCUAUUGUUGGAAAUAGAUUUUAUUUGGAAGACCUUCUAGAUGAUGAAAUUGAAGAGUUAUUAAACUGUCUUCCACAGUCGCAAGAGCUUUUGUCUAAGAAAAAUCUACUUAAGUUGGAACUCAUCGAUAAAACUACAGAGACGAUAGAACGUAUUCGAGCUGAAACAGCUAAAAAUUAUCGUCAACAACUUCAGAAUAAUGUCGAUUUAUGUCUGCAAGAAGCCGGUCUUAGCGUUGGAUUAGAUAGUUCUGAAAUGGCUCGUGAAGAAUUGGAAAUAAUGAGAAUUGUUGAACUUUUCAUUUUACAAACAAAAUUUAGGGACGAUGAUGUUGCCAAGUCAGAAGUUUAUAGAAAGAGGCUACUCCAGCAAACGAAACUAUUGAUAGACGAUAUAAAACGAGCCCAUCACAGAGAAACUAAUAUUAAUUACGCAGUAAUUGUAUCAAAUAUCGUUACUUCACUAAAACAAGUCCCGAUACCAGGAGAUAACACAGUCAACGAAGAAGUUGACAAUAUUUUAAUGGAAUCUGAAGUGGAACGCUGGUUCAACGACUUGCCUAUAUUCAGAGACUUUAACAACCCAGUGGAAAAAUUGCAAUGGAAGAAACAAACUGACAACUUAGCUAAGCGAAUCGGAGAAAUAAGAACUACAGUAUCUGACGAUAUGCGUGAGAAUGUUUUGCGGAAUCUGAUUUCGAAUUUCAUAGACAAAACUCCAAUACAUAGAGAAGAGAUGUUCAAUAAAGAGUUUAUGGUGGAUGAACUGGUUAAUCGAAUAAAAAGAAUUGAUCAGUCUACUCUAGAUGAUCCUGGAGAUUUUAAAGAGUUUUGUCGAAACGCUCCCCCGAGUUCCAGUUAUGAUAAGUUUUUGAGGUUCGAAAAUGAACACUUGAACGAUGAAUCUGUUAACUACGACGCGUUUGCUAAUCGAAAACCCUUGAGUUCUUCCUUGAGAGAUUCUGGAAACGACUCAUAUAGAGAAUUUGCAGCUGCGAAACCUAGAAGCUCCAGCCUCAAAGAAGAUAAAACUGUACAAAACGACCAGAUCCCACAAAUAAACAUACAACCUGCUACUCCAGAGUGCUGUAAAGGCCGUGCCCAAUCAGAUAAGAAAUCUCCAGAACCGGGAAGACAAAGGAAUUUCCUCAGUUCAUCCCGAGGAAUCGUUUUUAAUGAAGACAACCCUAGUCGUGCAAUUAAAGAAGAUGUCAAACAAGAGAAUCGAAUAACAUCCGAAUGUCAAACUAUUUACGCUAAAGUACCAAGUUUCGAAGUUGGUGAUGUUGAGUUGAGCCAAGAUGGCAGGCAGAGGACUGUUGCUACUAAUACUAAAAGCGGAAAGCGAUGUAUCGAUUUCGAUGAACUUAAGUUAUUAACUCUUAGUGAGUCCAGUCCUAAACCAACUCCAAUUUUUCAGGUCGCCAACUACGCUGCAUGCGUACUUACAGCCAAAAAUAAGCACGAUAUUAAACACACCCCCAGUGAUAAGAAUAUAGUAAACAGUAGUAACCCACAUACAAACCCCGAAAGACAAAACAUGUUAAGAUUUAUUCAUGACAUAUUUCACGAUGAAAUUAAGAGAAAGCUUUGGAAUGAAAAGCUUUUAAAAAUAAUACAGAAGCUCAAAAUGCCAAACGGUGAAACAGAGUUGAGGAAACGUAUAUAUAAAAUACUCAAUGAAAGUGAAUUGACGACUGAAGAGAAACAAUUCUCUGUUGACCACAUCAUCGAAGUUAUGAAGAAUUUAAAUGUUCCUAUCAAAAGAGAUUUCCAAAUAUUUCACUUUCAUGUAGGAAAAUCGAGUAUAAAAGCGUUAGCCGAGUCUUGGGUAACAACUCUGCCCUUGAAAGACGUGUUUUUGGAUCGUAAAUUGGAUAAAAAUAAAAUAAUACAUCACUCAACAAAAGUGUUGCUUCGCGAAAUGGAUAUGGUUAAUAAGAUACCUAUUAUUGCUUUGAAAGAUAAUAUAUUAAACGCCUUAUCUGAUAUACCAAUAAAGGUCGACUUCCAUGAAAAGAGUAAUUUUUUAACACAAGAAGUCAAUAAGUUCAUUCAACUUAUAGUUGACUCCAAAGAUGAUUCUAUAGAUAGAGAGAUAUUCAAUGUAUCACACGAAAAGGAAGUUGUUACAAGAAACAAAAAAAUACUACAGUUGAUUGACAAGGAGGUGACCGAUAUAUUUGACAAAUGCCAUUUUUGUGAAAAAUCGCAAAGCGAGCUUUUAAAACUGAAGGUGUUAGACACGAUUGAAAAUACAUUGAACAAUGUUAACAUUGAAAAGCGAAAUUUAAAGCUUAAUAUUUUGAAUAUAUUAAGGAGUGAUGGUAACAUGAAUCAGCGGGAGGCAAACAAUUACACAGAACUCAUUGUUUACCGCCUAAAUACUGUAGUUAAUGAGUACUCAGAAACUCCAAAGUGGGUUAGAACCAUACUAAGAGCCUGUCGUUCAGAUCCAAUAUUGAAAAAGAAUUAUGAUUUGUUUGACAAUUUUAAAUUACAUAACAGUCUUACAGAACUAAUUGUCAAAUGGUUAGAGAGCUUCCAACUGGAAGUACCAAAGCUUAAAGAGAAAGAAUAUAUAAUUAUCGCCGCUAAAGAAUUGUCUAACGCAGUACAAGCGAGGUGCAGGUUUUUACAGAAUCAUCCACGAAGAGUGUCACCGAAAGCUGAAACCGAAUUUCUUAAAUAUCUAAUUUUGAUAUGGAUUAAUAAAAUGCUUGGUCAUAACAAAGCAGAAGUAUUAAGAAACGCAAAUAUUCUCCUGAACAAUAUAUUACAAUGUCAGCAUAAAGUUCUUGUUAAAAUUAUGAAUGCAAAUUCUUGUUCGAAUAUUGUGGAUCUCAAGAAAUCCUUAGAAAUAUCUGAUACAAAUGCAUUACAAUCAUAUCGUCAAGCUUCAAUAAGUAUUGUUAAUUUUGCCAAAACAACUCCUAAAAGCAAGUUCAUUCAAAUUGAAGGCUCCAGUCAAACCAUUAACGAUUUAAAUACAAACAACUAUUUAGAUUAUUAUGAAGCAUGCGUCGCUAGUUCAAUUGAUAGGAAAUACGUGUACGAAUUUAUGCCCGUACAAUUUAUUUAUAAACAUUACAAUGGUGUCUUUCAAAAUCAUUGCCAAGAUCUCUUAAAGGGUUUGCCGUUAACUGAACAUCUGAUUACCAAAUUAACCCAAAACGUUGUUAAUAUAAUGUGGAAAGUUUAUUACUCCCUUAUAUCUGACCCAAAAACAAAUAGUGAACAUUUUGAGAAUAUAUUCGAACGGACUUUUGUAGAGUCUAUCAAAUCCGAGGUAUUAAAGCUUGAUUUAAAAGAUGGUUGGACGAAAACGCUAUCAGCACACGCUAGAACCAUGUUUCAAUGUGUUUGUAAAGAGCAGAGAAGUUGUAUUCAUCGGAUAACAUAUCUAGAAGUGAUGUAUAGAGAUUUAGGUAUAACAUCCAAAGAUCACGAUCUUUUGCUUAUGAAUGUUCUGGAUAAUUUAAUUUUACUUACCAAAUUCGAAAAAAAAGAUCCGUUUAAAGCAUACAUAUAUAAAGAAAAAAUUAACGAUUCCUUGACAGCGAUUAUAAAUAAUGUUAAAAAUGUAACUAAAAAGCCAACUGAAUUAGAUUAUAUUCAUGAUAAAGUAUUUGAUAUAUUCGAUAGAAUAGGUGUACAUGGAGAAAGUGUUAGUUAUGAAGCACAAGCAAUUAUCACUAGAAAUCAAUUUAAAGAUUGGUUUAAAACGCUACCACUCAAAUGUAAUACGAAUGAUGUCCUACAAUAUAAACUUAUGACUGUUUUAGCUAAAAACAUUCAUAUUUUAUCAACGAUUGCCGAUAAAGACAUACAAAAAGAAAUAGAAAAAGAAGUUAUUGGAUUUUUAAACGCCGAAAUAAAUGGAACAGAUGCCUACACAGAUUUUAUCACAAUAAAUGAAAAUUAUACAUUUGGUGUAAAUUUACCAAAAAUAAACGAAACGCGUAAAAUAGAACACGUACGCUUUGCCGAUUCAUGUACCCAGUCCUCCAAGAGUAAUAAAAAAUCGAGUAUUUUAAAGAACAGCAAUAAAUUCAAAGCGCAGUGCUAUUGUAUGAAAGAUAAAUGCAAAUGUUAUGAUUGUGUUAAGAAGGAGAAUGAUAAUAAUAGGAAAAUAAGAGGAAUACCGAAAAUAGAGGCAGUGGCUGUUCAAGUUGAUGUUCCAGUUACUAAAGAAACCAAUACAGAGCACCUGAUUAUUCCAGGUUGCAGUAAGAAUAUUUAA